AUGUGGUCUUUAUAUUCAAAAUAUUCUCCUGAACCUUUUGAACCCAUCCAUUUGAAUCACGAAAUAGCUGGAUUUAUUUUGGCUGCUGCUUUGGUGAUUUGUUAGUUUCAUCAUUAUUUUUUCGAAUUUUUUGUGAAUCAUUUUUUCCAGUAAUCUCAAUAUGUGCUGCAAUCCUUUAUCAAUCUGUAUUUCAAACUGAUAUUUUUGAUGUUGAUUUUCCUGAAGAAAAUGAGAAGCUGAAUCAGAAUGACGUCGAUUUCCCAGAUAACAAUAUUGAGGAAAAAAGGACACUUGAAGAAUGA